AUGGACGAAGUAACUACAAAGUCUGAGCCGAAUAACACAAUCGAAGGAUCAUGCAGCUCAUCUCUAUCUACACCGGAACCGGAGGGGGAAGUUGUUGUCCAGGACACUGUCCAGAGACAGAAGCGCAAGGGGGGAAGAAAGCCAAUCUAUGCCACUUCUGAAGAGCGGAAACAACGAAAUAGACAGGCGCAAGCAGCCUUUCGUGAGAGGCGGACCGAAUACAUAAAACAGCUAGAGACCACGAUAAAGCAUAACGAAGAAGCUCUACAUGGCCUACAACAGAGCCACCGCAACGCUGCGGACGAGUGUCUGAUGUUGCGGUACAAGAAUUCGUUACUAGAAAGGAUCCUUUUGGAGAAAGGCGUCGAUGUGCAAGCCGAGUUACGUCUCAGGGGUGGCAGCCCAAAUCUACCACCUAGCCGGCUGCCGCCAACCAGUCAACCAUCUCACGCAUCACCGUUGGCACAAAGCCCCCCAGGCCAGGCCGGGUUGGUCCAGAAGCUCGAACCUAUCUCAGUGUCACACGUACGCCGUGAGAGCAGCUAUGUUAUGCACUCCCCGCAGCUACAGCCUACUCCGACAUCCCAUGUAUCAUCGCCAGUAGCAACGAAGUCUCCAGCGUUUGGCUUGCAAGGGGGCAUAUCUCCCACGGCUGAGAUGCAUAGCCAGCAGCAGCAGUACAAGCCUCACCCCUAUCAUCGACCUCAGAUCUCUACUCAGCCAGGCGGUUUUGGUCCGGGAAUUACCUCUGCUUCGGCCGAAAGCAUCGAGCCUACGCCAGUCCUUCCCUCUCGGAUACCGCCAACCUACUAUCUUUCACCCUUUCAAAAGCAAUAUAACCAUGCAGAGCAGGAAUAUGACGCUCGUUCAAGUUCCGUGGAUGGACCGGAUCCGUCAGAGGGCAGCCCGGUAGACUACCAGUCUCAGCAGCCGCUGCCACGUAUACAGCAACGGCACAACCCAACCUCGAGCAGCGGAGAUGCGGAAGCCAUGACAGCUAGCUCGUCAUACAUUGAACAAUAUGAUCCGAUGAUGGAUCCUGACCCAUUCGGCCUGUCUGCCAGCAUGCACUUCCCCACACCAUUUACCUAUGCCCAAGGCCAAGGGCGGCAGUGA